AUCGAUCGCAGCGCCAUCGCCACGAAUAUAUUUACAGUUCGAGUAGAUACGCCGGGAGAUGCCCGAUUGUAUGUAGUUGACGGCUGCCAUCUUGAGGGAACCAUGGCAUUGACGACGAAAAUGUUUGUCAUCUGGUCUCUGCUGUCAGCGCUGGCUCUCAGCAAUGCUGCACCCAACGUCGAAAGCGAACAACCGUUGACGUGCCCCCCAUGUAUUUGCAACGUGACAGGGAUGUCACAGUCGGUGUGCACGACACAGCCGCAGACCAGUGUAGGCUACAACGAUGAAUGGGAGUUGGUUCUGAAGGCGUCCAUAGGCGUGCCAAUGAAUAUCUACGAUCUGUGGAUGUCUGAUAGUGUGCUAAACGCCGUCAACCCAGAAGCGAUGAGCAUUAGUUCACGCUACCGAAUAAACUACAAGUCGGCCAGCUCAAACAACUGGGAAAACAUAAUAAAGGUUAAAGUGUCACUUCUAAAGGCAGAUGAGGAAGUCGUAUUCGUUGACUUUAACGCGGUGUGACAGCAACAAAG